AUGACUUUCCCCACCACUGCAGACGCAGAUCCCGAUCCUACCACUCAGAUCCCUUGGCCCUCGCGCAACGGGAAGCGGCUUCGCGAGCAGAAUGCGCAGGAUGCCGCCGAGGAAGAGGUGACGCGAAAUGGGACUAGUCAGGCGAAUGGCAAGAAGAGCUCACCAGACAAGCCGGACACUGCGGGGCGCAGGAUGUCGACGCUUGACCUCAUCUAUCUGAGUAUAUCCAUGGCCGGAUCGCAAGUCGCAUGGACGGUGGAGCUGGGCUACGGCACGCCGUUCCUGCUAUCUCUUGGUCUUUCGGAGACGUUGACGAGCCUCGUAUGGUUGGCCGGCCCGAUCAGUGGUCUAAUAGCACAGCCUGUCAUAGGCAAGUACCCGUCAUUGUUUCACCGAAGUGCCAUAUCUGAUGCAUCGACUUCCAAGUAUCGCCGUCGCUACUGGGUCGUGCUCUCCACCACCGUCCUCGUGUUUUCCACUAUUACGCUUGCGUACUGCCAGAAUAUUGCAGCAUUCUUCGUUGAUAUAUUUGGAGGAGGCGCGGGCAGCUGGGACCCUAAGUGGGUCAAAUCCGUCCAGCAUACGGCAAUCGGUCUAGCGAUCGUGUCUUUCUAUCUGCUGGACUUCGCGCUUAAUGCAUUGCAAGCAUCAUUACGGAAUCUGCUCCUGGAUAUCACUCCACCGGAACAGCUCAAUGCUGGCAAUGCAUGGCACAGUCGGAUGCUCAAUGCCGGAAACAUAGUUGGCUAUGGUUUUGGCUUCCUCCCUUUGGCUAAGAUGCCCGUCCUGCGCCUGCUUGGCGGUGACCAGUUCCGCAAGUUCUGCGUCGUCAGCAUGACAAUACUGGUCAUCACUGUAUGGAUUACCUGCAUCACGCAGGAGGAGAAGGUGCGCGAGCCACGGCGCGUUGAGAAGAGGAGCAAAUUGAGGGAUGUUUUGAACAACAUAUACAACGCCAUCGUCCAUCUCCCCAAGCCGAUCCGGAGGGUCUGUUACGUGCAGGUCUUCGCAUUCAUGGGCUGGUUCCCGUUCCUCUUCUAUGCCACAACUUAUAUCGGUCAGGUCAUGGCGUAUGAACAACAGCGUGAUCCAGACAAAGACGAGGCGACCAGAAUGGGUGAAUUCGCAAUGCUCAUAUAUAGCAUAGUGGCUGUUACCGCUGGCGCAACCCUGCCCCACCUUGCUCGGCGCGACACCCGGUUACUUGCGCAUGAGGACGACGAGGACGAAGACGACGAGGUAGCCAGAUUGAGAUCUAGCGUUCGUGAAUGGAGAGCCGACGCUGCUCGUCGCGGCCAACCCUUGAGACUACCCCUGAUGCCGUUUUUCCUGCGAAAUAUAUGGACAGGAGCUAUGCUACUCUUCGCUGCAAUCACUUUCUCGACUUUCUUCAUCACCAAGGUUUGGCAGGCUAUCAUUGCAAUAAGUCUGGUCGGUAUAUGCUGGGCAGUUGCAUGUUGGAUACCAUUUGCUAUCAUCAUGGAGGUAUACGUUUUCUUCAAUCUUACGACCCUGGGCAUCGCCAGAGAACAGGGCAGACGUCCUUCGCACAGUCGAACGCGCUCGACGCCGGCCAUUCGCCGCCGCAGCGAGGGUCAAGAUGAACGCGCUCCGUUGCUUCAACGCCGCCGUUCGUUUGACCAAGCUGAUGCCGACGCAGUUGCUCUGCAGGCCGACCCUAUCGCGGGCGGAACGAUCUUGGGCAUCCAUAAUCUGGCUAUCGUCUUCCCUCAGUUCAUAAUUGCCCUCGUGUCUAGUGCGAUCUUCCACAUCGUCGACGCGGAUGUGGACAACGACCCUACCCACCACACCACGUAUUAUGGGAAGAAUGGCGUUGCAUGGGUCCUGCGAUUCGGUGGUCUUUGUGCAUUGUGCGGAGCCGGAAUAGCUCGUAUGGUCCCACCUACUCGUACCGAGAAGGAGAUGAGGCGGCGUCUCGCCGAACUCAGGGCGCUGAAGGAGGAGGGCACGCCAUGA